AUGGAAAGUUAUUAUUUAAAAAAAAAAAAAAAAAUAAAAUAUAAAGAAUUAUUUAUAACAACAUUUUUAACCCAUGGAGGAUCAAAUUUAAUUUCAAAACUUAUUGUUUCACCACUGGAGAGGACUGUAAUCAUUAAACAAGUGCGACCAGUUUUCUUUAAAGGCAUUUUGCUUCAGCCUUCUUUUGCAUACUCAAACAUAAUAAGAAGCAUACACUCAAAUCAAGGCGUAACGUCCUUUUGGUGGGGAUACAAUGCAAGUAUUUUGAGUUUUUUAUCAUUCAGUUUUUUAAGAUUACUAUUUCAUGAUAGAAUAAAAUACAGCCUAUCUCUAUAUACCACUUCUAUAAGUAGUACUAAUAAUAGUAGCAAUUAUAAUUACUUUUUUGUUAAAUUUUUCUUAUUAUACACCUCAAGUUGCUUAGCUGCAACAAUAGCAUAUCCUUUAGACACCAUUCAUAAUUGCAUGCAGCUGAAUCAUGAAAUAAUUAGAAAUAAGAAACUGCAUAACAGGAGCAUUUUUCUUUUUAUAUAUGACCAAUUAUUAAAAAAAAAAAUUAAAAAUUUGUACGCGGGGUACAGCCUAUGCUUGUUCAGCUUCAUCCCGUAUUUGAUCAUAACGAUUAAGUUAAACGAACUGUUUACAAAGCAUUUUAUUGAUUUCAGUUAUCAAGUGAAAAGUUUAUCCUUAGAAAAAGAGGAACAAAAGAAUGAAUAUAACACAAAUGAGGAUUAUAAAAAAUUAUUUAAUAAGACUCCAAGUUUUUUUCCCUACAUCUUUUUGGGUGUACUAACAGGUUAUGUGGCACAGAUAGCUACAUACCCACUAGAGACUAUAAGGCGAACAUAUCAGUAUCAUGUUAUGUAUGAACAAUAUUUCCCAAAAUUAUCGAAGCAUUUUAAAAUUUUAUAUAAAGAAAAGUGCUCAAAAACGCUUAUCAACAAAAUUUCGAAUCUGUACAAAGGAUUUACAAUGCAUUCGUUUAAAUUAAUACCGGAGUAUUUCAUAUUUAGCUGUUUUUUUUACUACGUAAAAAAUAAUAUACCCAUAUAA